CCCGCAACCCCGCGGCCGGAAGAACACCCGGAGUCGGAGAGCGCCCGCCAGCGGCGGAGGGCGCCCAGGGCCGGGCACCGGGGCCGACCCCUCAGGUGCCACCUGGGGCCACAUGCCGCCCCCUUGCCCAGAUGUUUGACCCACGGUGGGAAAAGGCAGCCCCCUCCAGGUCGGAUGUGCAUGGACCCGGCCUGGGACAGAGCCCGUGGGCCUCGGCCAAGCACAGCCAGUGUCCACGUGCAAGAUUUGAGCUGGCAGGGCCUGCACAACCCCUGCCCGCAGAGCAAGGCCCCGGGCAGCCAUGGGGGUGGCCACAGCGAGCAGCUGGUGGAAGAGUGUCUGGCACCUGCCCGACUGAAGGCCCUGGCCCGGGUAGAUGACCUCCGACUGGUGAGCAUCCUGGAGAUGCGUGUGGACACCCGCGAGAACAGUCUGGGGAACUUCGGGGUACACCUGCCCAACCUCAGCCAACUGAAGUUGAACGGCAGCCACCUGGGCUCUGUGAGAGACCUGGGCACCUCCCUGGGCCGCCUGCAGGUGCUGUGGCUGGCUCGCUGUGGCCUGACUGACGUGGAUGGCAUCGGCUCCUUCCCGGCCCUGAAGGAGCUCUACGUCUCCUACAACGAUGUCUCGGACCUGAGCCCGCUGUGCCUGCUCGAGCAGCUGGAGGUGCUGGACCUGGAGGGCAACAGCGUGGAGGACCUGGGGCAGGUGCGCUACCUGCAGCUGUGUCCACAGCUGGCCACACUCACCCUGGAGGGCAACCUGGUGUGCCUGCGGCCAGGCCCCGGCCCCACCAACAAGGUGCCUCCAGGCUACAACUACCGGGCAGAGGUGACAAAGCUCAUCCCCCAGCUGCAGAUCCUGGAUGAGGUUCCAGCCACACACACAGGCCUGCCAGCCUCCUGGAAGCUGGACCAGGACUGGCUCAUGGUGAAGGAGGCCAUCAAGGAGGGCAGUGUCCUGGACGGCCUGCUCCCCGGGCUGGAUCGACCCCACGGAGCCCCCGUUCGGAGACUCAGCCCCAAGUUGUCCCUGCCUGAGACCCAGCCCCGGGCCCCUAGGCUCUGGCCCCUCUCCCUGCUGGUCCCUGAGGGCCCCCUGCCUGAAGACCUGCUUCCCAAGGCCCUGGCCCCAGAGGAGGACGCCAGCACCCUCACCCACGGCGCUGGCCGAGUCCUCUGCGGGAACCCCAGCAAAGGCCUGCGGGAGCGUCGGCACCAGUGCCAGGCCUGGGCACCCCCAGAGCAGCUGCCCCCACACAGGCCAGAAGACCUGGCAGCCAGUGCCUCCACUCCAGGGCCUGACCCUGUGGAUGACCAUAACCUCCUGGCCUUGGCUAGGCUUCAGGCCUGGAGGGAGCUGCACCUGAGGUGCCUGGAGUCCCAGCAGGAAGGGGCCACAGCCCCCCGGUGCCCACCAAGAGGCCCUGAAGAGCAAAAGGACCCAGCUGGGCUCAAGACACCCCCCAGCCCCCCAAGUCCGGCCCCAGAGCCUUCCAGGCCCUUGGGCUGGAACCUGAUCCCCUCUCCCCCCAAGUUCCCCACGCCACCUGAUUCGGGAAGCACCUCCCGGGGGUCCGCAGACCUGCAGUUCCGGCAUCGGCGGCUCAGAGCCCUGGGCAGUGUGGGGCCUGGCCUGGGUCAGGGGCUGGCUGCUGUGACUGCUCUGAGAGCCCUAGAGGUGGCCUCAGGCUCGAGCCCUCGAGCCCAAGGAUGUCCAGAUCCGGCAGCCAGACCCCCAGGUCUCCGGUGCAUGCCACGCCUAACCCCUAUCACCCCAGCCCAAUCCCACCCCUAGUGUAAACCACCACCCACUGCCAAGCUGUCCUGGACUUCAGCCAAGAUGCCGCAGUGUGGUCGUGGGAGCCCCAUGUGA